AUGGCAGCCGCGCUUUCCCCUUUCCGCCGCCAUCCUGGUGUGUACGGCCCACUGAUCUUUGCCACGUCUUCUCACAAGACAUUUGGAAUCAAGCGAUACCUGGCCAUGAAACAAAAGCAGAAUCAUCCCAUUCCCCAGUGGAUUCGGGUGAAAACUGGUGAUAAAAUCAGGUACAACUCCAGGAGGAGGCACUGGAGAAGAACCAGGCUGGGUCUAUAA